AUGCAGUCUACAGCAUCGCUCCCCUGGGCACGCCCACCCAGUCCAACCUUCUCAACGACCACGACGGGGUCCAAGGUCAACUUGACCGAAGCGCACACGCUCAUAUCUCGAAAGGACCUGCGUGCGAGUAUAGCAUGCUUUGAGGAUCUCAUGGCUGCGGCCAAGGCGUACCGUAACGCCCUAUUGGCAAUGUCGAGCGCAACUGCGGCGUUUGCGUCGGCCAUGGAGGCGUGCUCGCGCAUCAAGGGAUGCCGGGGGGCAAACGCAGCUCUGGCGGGCGGUGCGGGUCUGCAGUACCUCAUCUCCAACCACGAGCAGUUGCUUGCCGACACGGUGUAUCGCCAGUUUGAGAUUCCGCUCCUCGAGGCUCUUGACAACUACAAGCUUCUGACGGCCGACCGGCUGGCGUCGUACGAAAAGGCAUUGCACGCGCAGAGCGACAAGAUUCGCAGGACCGAGUCGGACAACAUGAAGAUCGGUCGGCGGCGUAAACGUGACCUUCAACAGUUCCGCGACGCUCUCGCCGAGCUGCAGAGGCAGGUGGACGAGCUCGAUGCUAUCAAGCUCGGUUACCACGAGGAGGUGCUCGACGCCGAGGAGGAGACCUGGGACACGGUCUUGUCCAAAGUCGCGUUUGUUAUUCGCUCUCAGCUCGAUUUCUACGAGAAGAUUGCAGGCAAAGCCUCUGAUCCCGUGCUCGAGCCCCUUGUCAUGUCGAUCCCAGACCCUUUCGACUCGUACGGACCUCCCAAGGAGGAGGGCCAGAUCUUUUCUGUUCUUUCGCCACUCCACCUCGACUCGAUGCCGACUUCCCCGACUCCCAACCUGACCCGCAUUUCGCAGUCUGGCUCCAACGGAUCCACACCGCGAACAGCGUCCCCUUCCAAACUCGGCUUCACGGCCCUCGCGGCACCGUCGCAGGCCGAGACAUCGGUCGUUGAUGCGAUGGGCGAGAGAGGAGUAUGGGGAGACGACGGUGACGAUGACAACGCUGGAGGCCGUGCCCAGCGGGAGCUCAGUAUUAUCGAUGAGCGUGACUCGUCGUACUCACCCGACAAGUCGCCAGCUGCAACCCUCAAGCUCCGUAUCGAUGACGACGUGCCCGUGCACGAGGGCGAGGAGGACGCGCCUACUGUAAACGACGAGGCUAGCCACGACGACUCGCAGCUCACCAACGAUUCAACUCCCAACGACUCGACUCUUCCACCCGGUCUCUUGGAUGACGUUUCGCGCGUUGAGAUUGCCACUGCCUGA